AUGUCCCUCUCCUCCUCCUCCUCCUCUUUCUUCUUCUCCAUCCAUGGAAGCUUCAUUACUCACAUAUCCUCCUUCUUCCACAGAGGUCAGAUUAUUGUAGUGACAACCAUUUCCUUCUCCUCCAUGAAAGGAAGUUACAUUCACAUAUCCUCCUCCUCCUGCUCCUCCUCCUUCUCCUCCUCCUCCUCCAUGAAAGGAAGUAAUUGUAUUCACAUAUCCUCCUCCUUCUCCUCCUCCUCCUCCAUGAAAGGAACUUGUGCCAACAUAUCCUCCUCCUCCUCCAUAGAAGCUGGGAGUUUGAGUAUUCACAUAUCCUCCUCCUCCUCCUCCUCCUCCAUGGAAGCUGGGAGUUGGAGGAGUUGGAGUAUUCACAUAUCCUCCUCCAUGGAAGCUGGGAGUUGGAGUAUUCACAUAUCCUCCUCCUCCAUGGAAGCUGGGAGUUAG